AUGUCUCCACCAGCAGACACGCAGACACACAAACUCUCACGACUCGCAACCCUCACACCACCCUCAAACUCGCGAACAUGGCAGUCCGCGCCACACCCGACUCUUCCCAUUGUCGCGACUGCCUGUUCAGACCGAAGCGUUCGCGUGUAUAGUCUUACAUCUUUUACACUACUUCACUCGAUAACCGGAGGUCACAAGCGCAGCGUACGGACAGUAUCAUGGAAGCCCGGCACACAGGGCCAGAGCAUAUUGGCUACAGGUAGCUUCGACUCGAGCGCAGGCAUUUGGCGGCGCGAAGAGCAGGGCGGCACACUUGAAAACGACUUCACGAACCGGCGCAUGGGUAACACUGAAGACGAUGACGGGGACGAUGAAGCAGAAGACUAUCAAUUCAGUUGCAUUCUCGAUGGUCACGAAUCUGAGAUUAAGUGUCUCUCGUGGAGCCCUUCCGGGCAGUACCUAGCCACUUGUUCGCGUGAUAAGAGCGUGUGGAUAUGGGAGGAACUGGAAGAUGACAACUUUGAGACAGUAGCCGUGUUGCAAGAGCAUGACGGGGACGUCAAAUGCGUGGCGUGGCAUCCAGAAGAGGAUCUUCUGGCCAGUGCAAGUUACGAUGACACAGUCAGACUUUACAGGGAAGACGCGGACGAUUGGGUGCAGGUUUCCAUGAUAGAUGGACACAGUCAGACGGUAUGGUGGGCUGAGUUUGAGGGAAGCGGAAUGAGCAAGAAGGAUUGGAGAGCACAGAGAGAAGGGCUAUCCGAAGAGCAGACACAGUACAUUGAGAACCUUGAGCGCUCGGGGCCACGGCUGGCGACAUGCUCGGAUGACCGCACGGUGAGGAUAUGGAGGCGAAAGGCAAAGGAGAGGGAUGAUAAUUCGAGCAGCAACACGGGUAUACCAAGCAUCAUCCGUUCGGCGGCGAUUGACGAAGAUUGGUAUCAGGAAGCCAUACUUCCGCGAGUUCACGAACGCGCCAUCUACUCAGUCUCAUGGAGCCGCAGGACAGGCAUGAUUGUCAGUGCUGGUAGCGACGGCAAGAUCAUCGUGUACAAAGAGCGCUGGAGGCAGGAUGCCUCGAAUACUGCCAAUGGCAAUCAGAUGGAGCUUGAUGCGGCGCAGGCGCAGUCACCGACAGAAUGGACACUUGUUGCAGAGCUAUUUUCAGCACACGAUGUGUUUGAGAUCAACCAUGUGGCCUGGGCGCGGAGAGUAGACCAGGGCAAGCGGUCUGAAGAUGAGGAGGUAGUGCUGAGUACUGGUGAUGACGGUGAGGUCCGGGUCUGGACGCUGGACGAACCGGCUAGGGCAGGAACAUGA